AUGGGAUUCCUAGCUCAGAUUGAGGACUCUCUUCCUUCUGGUCUCAAUGAACAAGAUAAGAUUGAGAGGGUGAAAGUCAUGUAUCGUGACAUUCAAAAGACAACUUUUCAUUUCGAGCAUUGCUGGAACAUACUACGACACCAACCUAAAUGGCUUUCACACAUUGAGGGGGGAAACACUAAGCGACGUUCUAAUGUGUCAUGUUCUCCAUCUAUACCAGAGUCAAUUAACUUAGGUGAUGAAACGUCGCCCUAUAGUCCCACCUUUGAUUUGGAGCGACCUAUUGGUAAGAUGGCCGAGGAAGAGAGAAUGCGAAAAGCAAAAACAAGGACAAAGAUGGUGGCUUUCACCAUAAUUUCUGAAUUGAAGUCUGGGAAGUUGAAGAUGCAUGAAGAGAAAAUGAGUAUGGCUAAGAUUGAGAUAGAGAAGCAAGAUGAAAUUGAGAACAAAAGGAUUAAGCUAAAAGAGAUUAAGGAAGAAAGGGAGCACAAGAGGAUGAAGAUCCAAGAAAGGCAAGAAGAGCUUAACAUAAUGAUGAUGGAUGUGAGUAACUGUUACGACUAUCCCACAUCGGUUAGAUGUGGUUGUGAAGUGCAGUAG